AUGGUGACGCCGGAGCCAGAGGAGGUGGAGUAUGUCCGCACUAACGUCACAGUGGCUGCAGGAGGAUCUGUGACUCUGCUCUGUGGCUCUCCUCCUCCUCACAUCUUUAUCUGGGGUUUCACCAAACCAGGCUCCGACAACAACAUAGCAGUGGCAUACAACUAUGGACACGGGUCCAAAGUGCAGUCCAACUCUGAGGAUCUUGGACUGCUGAGUAUCCCCGAAAACAGCUCCUGUCUGCGGAUCGACGAUGUGCAGAGCGAGGGCCAGGGCAUGUUCACCUGUCAGGCCCUGUACGACGAGGAGGAGGGGGUCCGAGACACGUUCUACUUCACCAAGCUCAUUGUUGUGGAGGACACCCCCUGA